AUGGCACAGUGCGGCCAAACCCUGAACGAGGUCGACGAGAAACCGCCGACAUAUCAGGCGCACGACGACGCCGACACGAACCUGGCGUUUGCCCACGCACACGGCAACAGCGGCGUUUGUACAAUCGCCACCGCCUUCGUCGCCCCAUCAAACAAGCCCUCCCCUCCUUCCAGAUCCAUCUGGAGAGUCUUCUCCCGGGUCGCGCGCCCCGUCAAAGUCGCGGCCCACGUCGUGGUCACCCUCGGCGCCAAGCAGGUCGUGGGCAGCUAUCCCUCGGUUCCCCCCGAAGUGAUAGGGGUGGUGCCCAACAACCUUCUGCAGGUUCUGAUACCGCUUACACCACUCGAACAAGAAAGCGAAGUUUUCGGGUCGAAGUUUUGGCACACCUUAGUCGACGCAUUUGGACGGGCCGAACCAGACGGGUCGGUGCCCCGGCUCGAGGCAGCCCUCCUCAAGUGCUAUUACGACUGGCGCCUCAACUUCUCAGUCGAUUCAUUCGAACUGGUUCAACGGGACGGGUCGGUGGCCAGGCUCGAGGCGGCCCUUCUCAAGUCCUGCUGCGAUUGGCGCCUGGCGGAUGGUCAGGCUAGGUGUUAUGUGGAGGUGUGA